AUCAUCAUAACAGCAGCAGCAACAGCAUGGACGCAAUAGAGGAACGCAAGGUUUACCGUCUGGUGCUGACGGGAGGACCGUGUGGUGGCAAAACAACCGGUCAAUCGAGGCUGUGUACAUUUUUUGAGAACCUCGGAUGGAAGGUUUUUCGCGUGCCUGAAACGGCCACAAUCCUACUCAGCGGUGGCAUCAAGUUCGCCGAUUUGACCGGCACCACCGUACCCCCCACUGGCACUACCGACACCAAGCCGGCCGUCUUUAAGGAUGGCGUCCCGGAGCAUAGCGUUAUUGAUAUUGACAAAAUUACAACAUGUCCCCGGUGUAUGGCCGCCGCCGUCGGGAGAUUUAUCGAUUCCGCAGUGUACAAGUUUCAGGAAAACUUGCUCCGAACGAUGAUACAAAUCGAAAACACGUACUUCGAGCUGGGCAGGACGAGCAACAAAAACUGCUUAAUCAUAUGCGAUCGCGGAUUCAUGGAUGCCAGUGCAUAUAUCUCCAAAGAAAAAUGGGAUCGCAUGAUGCGUUCGAACAACUGGAACCCGGUUGAGCUGCGCGAUAAUCGCUACAAUCAGAUCAUCCACAUGGUAUCGGCCGCGAACGGUGCGGAACAGUUCUACGCCACGGAGGAACACUCGUGCCGGUCGGAAGGUGUUACGCUUGCACGCGAGCUCGACUACAAGGCUGCCUCGGCGUGGAUUGGACAUCCGUACUUCGAUGUGAUCGAUAAUUCUACCGAUUUUGAAAACAAAGUCAACCGCAUGAUCGAAUGCGUGUGCCAGAAGCUCGGCAUCGAUAUUGGCGAUCGGUUAUCGAUCACCUCGCGAAAAGUCAAAUUCUUGGUUUCCGGCCCAAUGCCUCUGGAUACGGCCUUCCCGGCAUUCCAGGACUUCGAGGUCGUGCAUCAUUAUUUGCAGUGUGCCGGACCACGCGUGCAGGCACGCUUGCGCAAGCGCGGCCAAAACGGUCGCUGGAGCUACAUUCACACGAUACGCCGACCGCAGCAGCAUGGCCAGUCGAUAGAGGUGCGAACGCAGCUGUCACAUCGUGAUUACCUUAACAUGCUAACGCAGCAGGAUGAUGCGCACUUUACCAUCUACAAGAAACGCCGCUGCUUCCUGGUCAACAACCAGUACUUCCAGAUGGAUAUCUACAAAGAACCAAGCCAUCCGAGAUGCAAGGGGUUAAUACUGCUGGAGACGUACACCUCGCUGACGGGCGAUAAGUUGAAGGCAAUUUUGCCCAAGUUCUUGAACAUCGUGAAGGAAGUCACCGGCCAGCCGGAUUAUUCGAUGUUCAAUUUGUCGCUGCGUGAAGACUGGAACAACACGAAGAAGUUCUGCUAUUCGCUGCACGAUCAAGACGAUGCGGACGUGAAAACGAACGGUCACUCCCAGAAGAUGAUCAAUGGUAAAGCGUAG